AUGGGCGAGCUAGGAACUGGGUUCGCUGGAAACUGUCUCAAGGGAGGACGGGGCAUUGUCGUUUUUGACCCUUCAUUCGAUGACAAUGUUGUGCUACAGAAGGGCAACGAGUGGAGGGGACUGGUCCGAGAAAUGCUACGAAGUGUGUUCGCCGUGCCCAAACGAGGCGUUCGAGGUAUGAAGCCGUUCGUCGACCGGGUAAUUGGCAUCUUCGCUGUGGACGGAAAGAUCUGGAUCCGAGUCUACGAAAUUAGAGAGACGGACGUGGCUACUGCCACUAAGAAGGCGGAAGAGGAACUUCAAAAUGCCGCCGCCGGGGAGAAGAAGAAGAAGUCAAAGGGUGCUGGUGCUGGUGGCGGUAAGGGCGGGCCUGAAAUCUCGCUGGUCGAAAUUGGACCGCGGUUUGUCCUUACGCCAAUCGUGAUACUGGAGGGAAGCUUUGGUGGCCCGGUUAUCUAUGAGAAUCGCGAAUAUGUGAGUCCCAACCAGGUCAGACGCGAAAUACGGAUGAAGAAGGCCUCUCGAUACAAUUCCAGGAGAACGGGACAGAUUGAUAGGAACGUCAAGAAGACGGAGCUGGGAUUGAAUACUGAAAGCUCAAAGGAUAAGAAGGUCGAUGAGCUUGAUUCAAGAGUACUGUUUGCAUAG